AUGAGCUCCUUCAAGAACAUUGCAAUUGCUGGUGCAACUGGCUACCUCGGGCCAGCAGUUGUCAAAGCCGUUAAAGAAGCCGGAUUCAAUGUUACGGUGCUUCUACGAGAAUCGAAUUCAUCCAAAAUUGAGCUUGAUGGCGUCAAAAUUGCGAAAAUGAACUACGGAUCCAUUGACUUUAUGGUGGAUGCUCUCAAGGGCCAAGACGCUGUUGUAUCGACCAUGAACCACUUGUACUAUGACGAACAAAAGGCGCUUGUUGAAGCCGCAGUCAAAGCUGGUGUCAAGAGGUUUCUUCCUUCGGAAUACGGUCUUGACGUGAGCAUCCCGUCAGUUCGAGCCGUUCCUUACUUGAGCGCGAAAGGUCUUAUUCAGGAUCUGCUCAAAGAAUUGGGCAUGGCGUAUACAAUCUUAUAUACUGGACCGUUCCUUGAAUGGGGCCUUGAUAACUUCUUUGUCGACUGGAAAACGGCCACGGCGAAUGUAUGGAACGGGGGCGAUAUUUCUGUCGGCAUCUCCACCCUGGCAGACACUGGUCGAGCUGUCGUCAAUGUCUUACUCAAUCCCAAAGAGACGGAAAACAAAGCCUUUUACACAACCACUGGCAUGGCAACCCAGAAUGAAAUCUUGUCCGCUGUACAAGAAGGCCGCCCCGACUCGAAGCUCUCUAUAAUUCACCAAGACAGCAAGAGCUCACUUGCUGCUGCAUAUGAAGCUGCCAAGGCCGGCAGAGGUAUGGAGUUUGAGGUUGCACGAGACUUCCUUGGUUCUACUAUUUUUGGGCUCGAGAUCGAAGCGGGCGUCCCGUACGGUAGAGAUAACGAUUUGCUCGGGAUCAAGAUGGUAACUCCAGAGGAGUUUAGGCAACUGGUGAUUAAUCAUGUUAAAAAAUAG